AUGGGUAAUGUUAGUGCUGCCGACAAUUCUAAAGCCCAUGUGGAUUUACCGCCACCGCCUCUAAUGCCACCACAUGCAACUGAGAGGCCAGGUAGAGCCCUAGCUAGGGAAACUGCUGCAAACCUUGCCGGCUCUGAAGUUGUCAACCCCGGCCUGUACGAGGAUCUGCACAAACAGACUAAAGAUCUGUUCCCUCAAGUGUUUGAAGGUGCCAAAGUCAUUGUAGCUAAAGGCCUGAGCAGCCAUUUCCAGAUUAGCCACACCAUCACACUGAGUACCUUCACGCCAUCACUGUACCGGUUUGGGGCCACUUACAUCGGCACCAAACAGCUGUCGUCUACAGAGGCAUUCCCAGUGCUGUUGGGAGACAUGGACUCCAGUGGCAACAUGAACGCAAACAUCAUCCAUGCACUCACUGACAGACUCCGGGGAAAACUUGUGGCUCAGUUCCAGCCCAACAAAUGCGUUGGCCAUCAGGUGUCCUUUGAUUACAAAGGAGACGACUACACAGCUUCGUUAACGGUGGGCAACGUUGACCCUAUUUAUCUCUCAGGGCUGUUAGUUGGUCAUUACCUGCAGCGCAUCACACCAAGUCUUGCUCUGGGGGCAGAGAUCAUGUACCAGAGAGGACAGCAGAUUCCAGGAGGGGAGAUUGCAAUCAUGUCACUGGCUGGUCGAUGGACAGGAAACAAGUGGCAGUUGAGUGCCAACCUGAGUCCCAUGGCUGGAAACCUGCACACCUGUUUCUACCAGCGAGUACAUGAGUACCUGCAGGUGGGUGUCGAACUGGAGACAUCCAUACGUAUGGCAGAGAGCACAGCAACUGUGGCCUACCAGAUAGACAUUCCCAAGGCAGAUGUGACUUUCAGAGGUCAGCUGGACAGUAAUUGGUGUAUUGGAGCCGUCCUGGAGAAAAAACUGGCACCCUUUCCCUUCACGCUGGCCCUCAGCGGCUAUGCCAACCAUGUCAAGAACCAGUAUCGUUUCGGCAUCGGCAUGAUCAUCGGAUGA